ACUACAGUGAAACUGCUGGACGGUGAAGUGCCGUCUUCUUGGACAUAACAAUCCGAAGAUUUUGAACGCGGCGUAAAUCCUCCCACGGCUUUUUGUGUAUAUAUUGCUUUAGCUAUUUAACUUAUUUGGAAACAAUGGCCGAAAGCGACUGGGAUUCUGUGACUGUCUUGAGGAAGAAAGGCCCGUCGUCAACGCAGGCGAAAUCAAAGCAGGCCAUAACAGCGGCACAGAGACGUGGUGAAGAAGUGGAAACCUCAAAGAAAUGGGCUGCGGGCCAGAACAAGCAGCACCUGGUGACCAAGAACACGGCGAAGCUGGACCGGGAGACGGAGGAGCUGCAUCACGUCAGGGUUCCGCUGGAGGUCGGCAAGGUCAUCCAGCAGGGCCGCCAGAACAAGGGGCUCACGCAGAAGGACCUCGCCACGAAAAUCAACGAGAAACCUCAGGUCAUCGCGGACUACGAGUGCGGAAAGGCCAUCCCCAGCAACCAGGUCAUGGGCAAGAUCGAGAGAGCCAUCGGGCUGAAGCUACGUGGGAGGGAUAUUGGACAACCCCUCGAAGCAAAGCCAAAAAAGAAAUGAAAACUAAAGCCUCGCAAGGCAGCCCCUGCCUGCACCUGACCACACACACCCUGACACACCCACACACACGUCCUCCACCUCCCCUCACGCCCCCGUCCCUGGACCAUGUGGUCCUUCAUCCCUGUCUUCCCAUCCAGGUGCCUCACGCCCCCACACCCACACCCACACACCUCACCCUUAACCCCCUGGGCUGCCCCUCCCCGCCCCGCCCCUCCCCUCCUGUUGGGUGGGCGUCUGACCUGGUGCCCCCCCCCUCCCCUCCCCUCCCCUCCUGUUGGGUGGGUGUCUGACCUGGUGCCCCCCCCUACCCUCCCCUCCCCUCCUGUUGGGUGGGCGUCUGACCUGGUGCUCCCCUGCAUUCCCAGCUGUUGCAUUAAAUGAUGAGCUGAGUGGAGGUCCGUUUCCUCCUCUCACACACACACACACACACACACACACCAAUUAGUACGCUGCAUAAUGUGGAAAAAAAUCUCAAAGUGCUGUGAUCUUUUGGUAAAUAUUUUGCUUUGGCACGUUUUUUUUUUUUUUUUUUUCCCUUGUCGUUUUGGGGAAGCAGAAUGCUGAAUUUGUCAUGACAUUUGAUUGUUGAUGUUGCCUUGGUUUAGUUGGUUAAUUUGACCGCAUGCUCUGUCCGUUUUAGUACUGCUUGACUCUGGCCUUCUAACCCAUCUCCAGCUUGGGUCAAAGUUCAAAGUAUGAUGGACAUUUCCUUUACUGGUAGCUUUGUUUGGGGGCUAAUAAAGUUUGAAACAUUUGG